CAUCCCCCAGUCAGAGCAGCAGCAGCAAGCAGCCCGUGUGCGAGCCGACAGAUGGGUUGGUACAGAUUUUACACAGGGUGAAGCAGUAGCGGGCUUGAGGAAGCAAAGCAGCGAAAAUAAAAGCCCUCUCUGGCUCAGCAGCAGCCCCGAGAUAAACAAAGCCCAGCUCAAGUGUGGAUGCGACAAGAAGCAGCAGCGGCAGUGAAUCCGGCGAUGGACCAUCCCGGGGCUAAACAUCCCCAAGGCUGGGCUACAAACUUCCAAACUCUCCUCCUCUUGCUGGGAUCCAACCUGGUGCUUCAGCACUUCGCUAACGGAAUGGAUUUACCAGAUGAAACUCAGUUGCAGCCUUCCACCCCAGCAUGGAACAGUUCCAGUGACUCAGAUUAUUAUCUAAUCCUAGAUGAGCCAAUGAAUAAUAUCACAACCUCGCUUGGCCAAACUGCAGAGCUAUACUGUAAAGUGUCUGGCAAUCCGGCCCCUACCAUACGCUGGCUGAAGAAUGAUGCACCAGUUGUCCAGGAACCACGGAGAAUAUCCUACCGACUGACUAGCUAUGGCUCUCGUCUCCGAAUACGAAACCUUGAUACCACAGACACGGGUUAUUUCCAGUGUGUAGCUACAAAUGGACAAAAAUCUGUUUCAACCACGGGUGUGCUUUUUGUCAAAUUUGGACCCCCACCGACUCCAAAUUCAGGAAAGGCAACGCAAGUUAUGUUUGAAGAAGAUGGCUUUUGUCAGCCCUACAGGGGUAUCGCCUGUGCAAGGUUCAUCGCAAACAGCAGCAUAUAUGUGGACUCGCUCCAGAUGCAAGGGGAAAUUGAAAAUCAAAUUACAGCUGCUUUCACGAUGAUUGGAACCUCAAAUCACCUAACAGAUCGUUGUUCCCAGUUUGCCAUCCCUUCGCUGUGCCACUUUGCUUUUCCUUAUUGCGAUGAUACCUCGUCAGUACCCAAACCUCGUGACCUUUGCAGAGAUGAGUGUGAAAUCCUGGAAAAUGACCUUUGCAAGACAGAAUAUAUUUUCGCCAGGUCAAAUCCUUUGAUCCUAAUGAGAUUGAAGCUGCCAAACUGUGAAGAUCUCCCCAUGCCCGACAGUCCAGAGGCGGCAAACUGCAUGCGCAUUGGAAUUCCUAUGGCAGAACCCAUCAAUAAGAAUCACAAAUGUUUUAAUAUUAGCGGUAUUGAUUACCGGGGCACUGUGAGUGUAACCAAAUCAGGCCGACAGUGUCAGCCAUGGAACUCCCAGUAUCCACACAGUCAUUCUUACACUGCGGUUAAAUAUCCUGAACUCAAUGGUGGCCACUCAUAUUGCCGGAAUCCAGGGAAUCACAAGGAUGCUCCGUGGUGCUUCACUCUAGAUGAGUCUGUGAAAUUGGAGUUGUGCGAAAUUCCACUGUGUGACUCCAAAGAGAACAACAAGAUGGAGAUCCUUUACAUCCUGGUCCCUAGUGUGACAAUUCCCCUGGCAAUUGCUCUCUUGUUCUUCUUUAUCUGUAUUUGUCGUAAUAAUCAAAAGUCAUCAACACCUGUUAUCCAGCGACAGCCGAAACCUGUACGAGGGCAAAAUGUUGAAAUGUCCAUGCUGAAUGCAUACAAACCAAAGCAGUGCAAAGCUAAGGAGCUGCCUCUUUCUGCUGUACGUUUUAUGGAAGAAUUAGGAGAAUGUGCCUUUGGAAAAAUCUACAAAGGUCAUCUUUACCUACCAGGAAUGGAUCAUGCCCAACUCGUUGCUAUAAAGACCCUGAAGGACUUCAGUAACCCUCAGCUUUGGGCAGAGUUCCAGCAGGAGGCCUCCCUGAUGUCAGAGCUGCAUCAUCCCAAUGUUGUCUGCCUCCUUGGGGUGGUGACACAGGAACAACCAGUGUGCAUGCUCUUUGAGUACAUGAACCAUGGCGACCUUCAUGAAUUUCUCAUCAUGAGAUCACCCCAUUCCGACGUCGGAUGCAGCAGUGAUGAAGAUGGAACUGUCAAAUCUAGCCUGGACCAUGCAGAUUUUUUGCACAUCUCCAUACAGAUAGCAGCAGGAAUGGAAUAUCUAUCUAGCCAUUUUUUUGUUCACAAAGACCUUGCGGCACGUAACAUCAUUAUUGGCGAACAACUGAGAGUGAAGAUAUCUGAUCUUGGCCUUUCAAGAGAGAUAUAUGCAGCUGAUUACUACAGGGUACAAAAUAAGUCCCUCCUCCCAAUUCGCUGGAUGCCUCCUGAAGCGAUACUGUUUGGCAAGUUUUCCAGUGACUCAGAUAUUUGGUCUUUUGGUGUGGUUUUAUGGGAGAUUUUUAGUUUUGGAUUGCAACCAUACUACGGAUUUUCUAAUCAGGAGGUAAUAGAAAUGAUACGGAAGAGGCAGUUACUCCCAUGCCCAGAAGAUUGUCCUCCCAGAAUGUAUGAUUUAAUGACAGAAACCUGGCAUGAGAUUCCAGCCAGGAGACCACGAUUUAAGGAUAUCCAUGCUAGGCUGAGGUCCUGGGAAGGGCUAUCCAGUCACACCAGUUCUACAACACCAUCUGGAGGGAAUGCCACAACCCAGACGACAUCUCUCAGUGCAAGCCCGGUUAGUAAUCUCAGUAACCCAAGGUAUCCUAUACACAUAUAUCAAGCACAGGGCCUACCCCAGGCCCAAAUUGGAGGCUUAAUUGGUCCAUCAAUAGCCCAGCAUCAGAGAUUCAUCCAAGUUAACAGUUAUCCUGUACCUGCAGGUUAUGCUGCAUAUCCAGCUACCCAUUAUCAACAAGGGCCACCAAGAAUGAUUCCACAUGGUCCACCACCAAAGAGCCGGUCGCCCAGCAGCGGGAGUGGAUCAACAAGCACUGGUCAUGUGACAAGCUUGCCUUCCUCAGGAUCAAAUCAUGAUGCAAAUACUCCAUUGCUAUCUCAUCAUCUAUCCAUGUCAAGUCAUCCUAGUGGAACUAGCGUGCCAAUCUUUGCACAUAUGUCCCAUAAAACAAUGCAAAUUGACCCAAUACAGACAACACUACUGGGGGACAGUGAUGGCCAGUUGGCAAAUGAAUCUGUUAUUAGAGCAGAAUUGUAAUAUAUAUAUAUAUAUUCUUAGAACUUGGUUUCACAGUUUUUAUAAUUGAGUAUAAUCUAAUUUUAGAAAGAAAAUAGGGAAUGAAAAGAAGAUUUAUAUACACGACAACACAUAAGUGAAGCUUUGAUGUAGUCUGUCAGCCACCUACCAUCCUGGUGCUGACCAAACUGUGAAUGGGUGUUUUUCUGCGCCAUUGCAGCAAGUAUUUUUUCCUCUUAUUUUCUGCCUUAUUAUCCUAAAGGUGCUAAUUUUUUCUGCGUUGUGUGUCACAGACACCGGCAGCCUUCCAGUGGCCACUCUUCAUGGGUACGCCUGCACUCUGUAUUCUGUGUCAAAGGGUGGUUUGACAACGGAGGAGAUCAUUGCUGUGACCUAUGUCAAGUGAUAUAUACACACAUACACACACACACUUGUCAUUCAACAACCGUCACUGAAUAGCGAUCAGCAGGAAGUACCAUGAUUAAUAUUUGUUUCCCCUCUUGCCAAGCCGAGAGUGCUGAGACCAGUUGUAGUGUCCUAGCUGCUGGCCUGGAUGAGAAUAGGGAAGGAACUUCAGGUCUGUAAGUCUCAGAACCAUACUGGGCAGUGCCUUUUCCCAUUAGACCAUUGAGAGAACUACACCAAUUUUUAAAAAAUUAAUGAUUUUUUUCAGAUAAUUGUUAUUCCAUAAGAAGAAUCGACACAUAGCCAUAAAAGUGUUUAAUAGAUGUGGUUUGAUAUAAAAAAAGUUACAUACUCUGCAACAAGUGUGAUAUUUCAUAGGAAAGCCUCAAUUUCUACCAAAGUGAAAAAACAAAUAAAAUUUUGCAGACUUUCUUUGAAAUCAACACUUAUGAAAAUGACUCCUUUUGAAAGCAGAUCUCUGAAAUUUGCAGUUGUGCAAAACUGAAUUGGACUUUUAUGAAAUGCACAGGUUCUGGUAGAAUACAAAUGGUGACAUGGUCAGGACUAUAACUGUAACAUAUAUCUGGUUGAAGACACAUUUUAAAUUAGAAUUUUAAAUUUAUAUAAAUAGCAAGUUUAAAUUUCACUUAUAUUUGUUGCUAUGCAACUAUUUAAUAUAAAUUGGUCCAAAAUGCAAGCUUUGAGAUGACAAUCAACUUUUCUUGUUGGGGAGAUAUUUUUGUGUUGGGCAGUUCUACUUGGUGAAUGAACUAAGGAGUUGGGGGAUCAUGAGGGCUUUCCUUCUGUGAUACAUUACUGAAUUUGAUGCUGAAGGGAGAAUAUUGCAGCUUUACAUAAAACAAGUUGAGGGAAAUUUGUCCUUAAUCUCAUGUAUCUAAACAUCUGGCUAAGAGGAUGACCCGGAUGAACAUCGACUUGUUCCAUUACGAAGAACUGGACACUUUUUUUUUGCUUGAGUAAGUGAGCUGCCUUUCGUGCAGUCUCUGAGGAUGUAUAAUUUUUUUUAGAAUGGAAACAUGACUAAACUAGCAAUUCCAACUCUCAGUUCCAUUUGUCCUUCUGGCAGAUGUUUUCAUUUUCAAAACCACUUCCUACAAAUAAUUUGUGACGAGGUGUGCUUUAUUCUUGUUUUAUUUUUGAAUAUUUGUUGUAUGUAUAUUUUAUUAGGACACAGCCUUAUUGAUAUGUUUGUAACCAGAAGGCAAGCAUCAAUGGAAUGGCUAGUACUCAGCGUGGUUAUAUUGUAACAGGACUUAUUUCUCCACAAAUGUUUUUGCACAAAUGUUUUUUAACUGUUUUGUAUGAAGAACUUCAAAUACAUCCCUGCAUUGCA